CAUUGGAUGAUAUUUAAUAAACUAGAAAAUUCCUGAAGAAAUUUAACCGGGGCCUGCCAAAGUGUGCCCGUCGGUUUGGACCCAGCGUUCUGAUGCUAAAACAAUUAGCAUUAAUGCUAAAGACAGCUGCAAUGUAAUCAAUAGCAUAUGAAGAGUAACAAGCAUGUUGACGAACUUGGACUUGCACCAAUCACUAUGUUAACAUAUUGAAUGGUACAUUAGCAUUUGGCUAAAGUGCCCUGACCUGAGAGAAAAAGAUAAUGCAAGGUAAUGUUAUUGCACCGUGUGCUGCCUUUUGUAAGUUAAGCUGGACCAGCAAGGUUGAAAACCGCACUAGAACGCCCCCUGGUGGAUAUUUUGUUAUGUUUUGGUCACGCUAAAAAAGAAUAUAGAUCCAAGAUGGUGGAACGCAACAGGAAUAGUUCAUGGAUUAAGCUGAUUAUUAUCCUUAUACGUUGUGUUUCAGACAAGAUUUGCUCGUAAGUAUUUGUUAAUUGUAAAAGCAAUAAUUGUCUCUUUGUUUUAUGUUAUGGGCAGGCCCCAAUUAGUGAAUUUAAUGAGAACAACCACAUUUUUAGUUCAAUAUCCUAAAAGAACCCAGAAAAGUUCCAUAGUAAAUGAAUAUCGGGCAAGAUGGCAUCCAUGGGACUUUUCAAAAGUCAAAAACACAGCUGACCAAAGAGAACACAAACACUUUAGAUUUGCCGAAAAUGCGUCUCAGUGUUCCCCGAUGCCCCCAGGGAAAUUAUUCUAAGGCUCGAAAUACCUCUGAUUCACUCAACAAGAAAAUGAUAGACUGUUUUGGGAUUGGCCUAGUCAAAGUGAAAACUUAAAUCCAAUGCUGGAGCAUGACCUCAAACCCAGCCCAAGAGCUGGGAAAAAAUUCUCCCAGACUCGUCAUCUGUAAAAACAAACAGCGCUGGAUAAACCGGGUUUCUUGCUAUUAAAAGGCCACUGAACGGAAGUGAUUCUGUUUCAUUUAGAUCCUGACCUUCACCUUUCACUCUAAUGUCCGCUAGAUGGCAGUGCUGUUCAGGGUUUGAACUCAGCUGAUUUGUGUUCUUCGGGUGUAUUUUGAGACGAAAUGCUUAGCAGUAUAAAUUUAGCAAACACUUGUAGAUAGAUUCAGUCAGGAACUGUUCACGCUUUCACAAUAUUUAUUCGUAUUUUUCUGAGAUUGUUAUAAUUCCAGUGUCAGUAGGUUGUAAUCCCUCAAUAAUAGCCAGGGUUGUAAAAUAACACACGAAAUGAGUAUCUUGGAGCGCACCAAGAAACCAUUACUGCUACUACCGAAUUUCUUGUAAAUAUGAUUUCCGAAGUUCUUGUAAUUUAAGCAGAAAAUAUGAUGGCAACUUUAUAUUGUGUUAUAUUAAAGUUUACUUAUUUUUAGUAUAAUAAAGUAUUUCCAUAAUUCCUACAUUAAAUAUUAGCACUUUAAAUAAUAUCUAUAGAAACAAAAACAAAAAAGAAACUGGAUGCAUUGUACUAGUAGUACUAAUAAUAUGAAAUAAUGUUAAUAAUAAUAAUAAUUUGUCGCGAUAAAAUGUAUGUUUUCUGCUUUACAUGUCCACCAGAGCUGAUGGGAAGCCCAAAUACCUGAGGUGUCCAUCAGUCAGUGAAUGCAGCACAGACUGCCUGAACUUUCCGACACUGAAAGGUGUGUUAAUGUCAGAGCGCUGGCCGUCUCAAAGUUUUGUAGAUACCUUGUUUCAGAUGACCUCAGACAGCGUCCUCCAGCGCUCAGGUCAUAGCAAAACCAAACACCACAGAUAAACUUGUGCUCAUACUUUACAUACCUGUGGCAUAGAAUUAGUUUCGGGGAAAUAACAGUUUAAAAAGGGUAUAAAACGAGCAAGACCUCUCCAAAGCACCAGCAGUAGGAUUUCGAGAGUUUUCGGAAUGAUUUCCUCGAUUUUACUCCUGGCGACGCUGUGCGUUUUUGCGCAGUUGGACACUUUGGACGCUUUUACGCACGGCUGCCAGUUGCCCUCCGAGUGGCGGCCGCUGAGCGAGGGCUGCCGGGCGGAGCUGGCGGAGAUCAUCGUGUACGCUCGGGUCCUGGCGAUCCACCGGGAGCCGCCGGGCUUCGGAGCUGGCAACGCGCACAACUCGCUGCCCUUCGGCUACGGCUACCUGAGCGCGGAGGAAGGGCUGCUGUACUCGGCGGAGGUGGAGCUGCUGUGCGACCAGGCCUGGGGCAGCAUGCUGGAGGUGCCGUCCGGAUCUCGGCUCAACCUGACCGGGCUGGGGUACCUGUCCUGCCAGUCCCACACCGUGAUGGAAAAUUACUCCUACUUCUUCUUCCUCAGGUGCGGCGAUUUAAGUCUCGUCUCAGAUCAGAACCACAGGAUUCUGAAUGUCCUCUCGCUCUUGUCUGUCUGGCUCCUCUUAAGGAUGGAUGAGAACUACAGCAUCCUGCCUCAUGGUGUGAACUUCCAGGAUGCGGUCUUCCCCGACACCGCGGAGAACAGGCGCACCUUCUCCAGCCUUUUCCAGUUUUCCAACUGCAGUCAAGGGAGCCGACCGUUCCACACCUUCAGCCCAGAGUGGGACACCCAGGAGGACAGCAGGGCGUCCUCCUGUUCCAUCAGGAAACUUCUUCUCGGGAUUUUCGGCAGGAUUUCCUGUGUCUCCUCAGUCCUGUCUCCUGAUUGGUCCAAUCCUGUUGUCUUAUCUCAGUAAUGUUGGAGAAUCAUCACAUAAUCAGAC